UUUUUAAGCAUCACAUAUCAUAUAAAGUUUCACUGUAUAGGAUAUCAAUCUACGGUCAGGCGUUGCGGGUAGUCCUGCUAAUUGUUGCUUGUGUGGUUGCACGCCAACGUCAUUUCGCCUUUCCAUUCAUCGUUGCGCUAAAAUAGAUGUGAGUUGCUUGCUGUAGCGUAAAAAUGCACACGGCGUUGGGAGGAAGGCUUUCCCGGCUGUACCGGGAAAAGCCCUGCCCGCAGCUACCUGCUGCGGCAAAAGUGCGCAUCUUGCCAGUUAGAGCGCUAAGACGCUGCCGACCACUUUCAAGAUGCAGCGCUACUCGGGCGAUUGCGUUGACGGUACAGGAUACGGUUCGACAGUUCCAAUCUUUCCCAGGGCUGUCCGCACCGGGCAACGUUACCAAGCUAACGGAUGACGGGGUGUUCCAAGGGCAAACUGUCUUUUCAAAGUUCACUUGGCCGGCGGUUCUCGGGGGCGAGGAGGUCUACAUCUGGGGGAGCUUCAACGACUGGACUAAGGGUGUCCGGCUGCAUAAGGCAGACCACCAUAAGGACGCCGUCGUAAUCCUGCCCCUGCGACCGGGGACUUACGAGUUCAAGUUUGUGGUGGACAAGGUGUGGACUCCGGCGCCGCAUGAGCCCACCGUCACCAAUGUGGAGGGCCACCUCAACAACUACCGCGUCAUUGCGCCCACCGCCAGCUUCUCCAUCCGCGCGCCCAACGCACAAACCGUGUUUGUGGUGGGCGACUGGGACAACUGGCAGUACUCCCUGCUCCUCAAAAAGGACCCAGCCACGGGGGUGUUUAGCGCCAAGGCGCACUUGCCGCCCGGCCAGUACUCGUACGCGUUCGUGGUGGACGGCAGCAUGGUUACGGAGCCCGACCUGCCCGUGCACCCCUCGGAGGAGUACGGAGAGGUGCACCGGGUGUGGAGCUUCGAGCCCGACCUGUUCCGCAUCUUCUACUGCACCGGGUGGGAGGAGGCGGUGCUGCAGUACCGCAGGGUGGUGAAAGGUCAGCCGCUGUCAAAGGACUGGCAGCGGCUGAGCAUGGUGAACGCCCCCUCCCGCGGCAACUCGCUGGGCGUGUGGAAGAUGGCCACCAUCGUGCCCUCCCACCCGGCCGAGGUGCUGGAGUUCACGCUCAACAACGGCGCAGCGGGGGAGAAGCUCAAGGAGGACCGGCCGGGCACCGCGCCGCUGUACAGCUGCCCCUUCCCCGGCUCCUUCAAGCUGGCCAAGGGCAUGCUGCGGCCCUUCCCGCGGGGCGCGGAGUCGAGGAUCAUGCUGGUGAGCGACAUCGACGGCACCAUGAUCGGCGACCUGGGCUCCCCCGACGCCUUCGAGUCCAGUCACCGCUUCGCCGAGUACUGGGAGAACAGCGCCUCGCUGGCGGGAUCGCUGCUGGUGUACAACACGGGCCGCAGCCUGGGGCAGUUCGUGGACCUGAUGAAGAAGUGUGAGGGCAGGGUGGCAAUUCCAGACGUGGUGGUCACGGCGGUGGGGACCAAGGUAUGGCACCUGGACGAGACCUGCGGCCGCUGCGCCGCCUCGGGCCUCAAGUGGAUCGAGGACACCAACUGGACUCUCAGCCUGGACGUGGGGUGGGACCUGCAGGUGGUGCGGGCGCUGGCGCGGCAGCUGGUGGGGCACUACCGUGACGAGGCGGUGCUGGCGGUGCUGGAUGACGGCAGCGAGCACCGGCACCGCAUGGCGCUCACGGCGGACGUGAAGGUGCUUGAUGAGGUGGUGGCGCGGCUGAUGGAGGGAUUCCAGCGGGAGAGGCUUGAGGUGCGCAUCAUCACCAGCGGCAACGGCAGCCACCGCUACAUCGACUGCGUGCCCGUGGCGGCGGGCAAGGAGAAGGCGCUGCAGUACGUGCGGCAGCAGUUCGGCAUCCCCGAGCACCUGUGCGUGGCGGCGGGCGACAGCGGCAACGACAUCCUCAUGCUGGAGGGCGACCACCCCGCCAUCGUGGUGGGCAAUGCGCAGCCGGAGCUGCUGACGUGGCUGGUACGACAGGAGCAGAGCGGCAAGGUCAUCUACGCGGAUGCGUGCUACGCGGAUGGUAUACUGGAGGGGCUGGCUCGGCACAGCUUGUACUGAGCAGGGGGGAGGUAAAGAGGAAACAACUAACUGACCGUGUGAUAAGGCAUCAUCAUGGUUUGCAACAUGUGAGCCAGCCCGACCCGCCCAGCCCGAAUUAGCCAAGCCAGUACGUGGAAUGGACUUACCGUAAAUUGUAGGGGAGGG